CAUGGUCACUCAGCAGUCAUCAGAGCAAUCGCUGCCGGGCAAAAGCGCGAUGGCGUUCUCCAGCAGCAAAACCACUCGUCUCCUCGUGCUCCUGCAGAUCGCUCUGUUCGUCAUGUCCGCGCUGAUCAUGCCGCGCUCCGUCUGCCAUGGAGCCCGAAGCGUUGGGCUAGGUUCCAUUGGUUACGACCCUUUUGAUCCAAACCGUCCUGUGUGCCUUGCUGGGCGGUGCCCAGUUCCUGGCAAACCCUACGGCCGUGGUGGUGGUGGCGAUCCCUACGAGAACCGCCCUGGUCAUGGUGGUGGCGGGCCUGGUAGCUACUAUCCUGACAAACCCGCUAUACCUUCUUACGGAGAAACCUCAAAUCCUUGAUUGCACGUAAUACUCGUAUGGCACGGUAAAGAAAAUGUUGGCAACUCAACUACUAGUACAUCUGACGAGACGGAUAUAUGAUAGUACAAUCUUGGAUCCAUGAACAACUAUAUAUGUCAGCUACAAUAUAAGCGGAAUAACACCGUGUAUCGUCUCAUGUACUUGUCUUUAAUACUGUACACGAAUAAAACUGAGUCCGAUGGUCGGCAGUGGCAUGAAUACGAAUGGCAUGCAGCACUUAUAUGUUC